AUGGAAAUCAAAACGGAAGGCUUAGAGGGCGCGUUAAUACCAAGACCAGUGAAGGAAAGAAAAAAGCACGACAGAUUCAAUGGAAUGAGCGAAGAGGAGGUGUCAAGACGGACGCUGCCCGACCACUUAGCGGAGAACCUCGACAUCAUCAUUAUUGGUAUUAACCCGGGUCUGUUUGCGGCGUACAAGGGUCAUCAUUACGCGGGUCCGGGAAACCACUUUUGGAAAUGUCUGUACCUGUCCGGGCUUACGAGGGAACAGAUGAGCGCUGAUGAGGAUUACAAGUUACUGAACUUCGGCAUCGGUUUCACGAAUAUGGUGGCUAGACCGACGAAGGGUUCAGCAGACUUAACGCGACGUGAGAUUAAGGAAGGUUCGGCGAUACUGUUGGAGAAAUUGCAGACAUUUCGGCCGAAAGUCGCCGUGUUUAAUGGGAAGCUGAUAUAUGAAGUUUUUUCUGGGAAAAAGGACUUUUGCUUUGGGAAACAACCCGAUACGAUCGCUGGGACGAAUACGUACAUGUGGGUUAUGCCGUCAUCAUCAGCUAGAUGCGCUCAACUACCAAGAGCAGCGGAUAAAGUACCAUUUUACGCGGCGCUCAAGAAGUUCCGGGACUACUUAAAUGGAUUAGUAGCACACGUGGAUGAGGCGGAACUGGUCUUUCCUGAUAAUACUAGUAGACGUCCGCAGGAGGAGAUGGAGAUUCGCAGGCUGACGAUGGAGCCGGAACCGGGUGACACAAUCAUACUAGAAGAUGGAACAGAAGUUCCCCUGAAAAAGAAGAGAGGAAGACCGAAGAAGAUUAAGUUGGAGAAUGGGGAAACUGCGCCGCCCACUCCGAGGGCACCUAGGCAGCCACGCGCUCCGCCAAACUUAGAUCCAAACGCCGAACAACCGCCCAAAAAGAAGAGAGGCAGACCGAAGAAGAUAAGGCCGGAGGAGCAACAGUUUUUGAUGCAGCAACAACAACAACAACCACCGCAGCCGCAGGUGAGCUCAGAUCCUAAUACAAUGCUCCAGCCUCAAUUGUCAUCAAUGUCAUCAUUACCGCACGAGCAGUUCAUGGGUCACGGUGACUACCCUUCGCAGAUGCCAUCUCCGCUCCAGCAAGGGAUGCUGUAUCAGCACCACCAGCAACACCAACAGAUGUCUGAUGGCUCGCCGUAUUAUCAGCCUAAUAAUGGCGGUGGUAUGGACUCCCCAUUAGACGUCUCUGGGUCUCUGGGAUUAGGCCGCGCCGGGUACGUGUCCCCUCGCGGGGUGUACGCGUCCCCACGGUCGCAGCCCUAUUCGCCGACACCUCAACGGUUAGCCGCAACUCCACAGCCGCAGGGGCAGGGACAACAGUUCCCCUCGAGUCCAGCAGCCUUUUCGGCUCCGUCUCCGCCGCGGGGGUCGUUUGGCUCCCCCGGCGUGCGAGUGGGGGGCACUUUUGCCGCACGCUCGCCCCUCUACGCUAGCUCUCCUUCGUAUCAGCAGCCGAGCCCAGCGCCGCAAUCGCAGCCUAGGUUCGCCCACGAGCAGAUGGCGUAUGGCCGGGAUCCUGGGGCACAGUCGCAAACCGUCCCCUACUCGCAGUCCCCCGUGCCCGCGGUGGGAGUGAUGUCAGGGGGCAACAGUACCCCGUUCCCCGCGGCAUCUCCUGCGGGUGGAACACUGCACUCGUACACGCCAUCGCCGGCGCACACGCCCUACAGCCACCACUCGUCGCCCGCCGCCCCAGCGCCCCUGACGCCCGCCUACACCGAGUCGCAUCACUUCUCACAGGGUGGAGGUUCAAACGGUGGUUCGGGUUCGUACGGCGGUGAAUUAUCACAUGAAAUCGGCGCAGCGAUAUCCUCCCCUGGCGUUGUUUCCCCCGGGAUGGCAACUCUGGACUUUGAGCCGCCCCGGGAUGACGCAAGCCCCAUGGGAAGCACGGAUAUGCAUCCGGGAAGCAAUAGUAAUUCAUCCCUGUCGGAUUAUAAUAAGCAACCCAGCGCAAGCGGGGCGGAAGUGUCCCCUGGGCCCGGGGCCUCCUCGGGGGCCUUUAGCAACAUGUACGAAAGGGAGAUGCCCUAUGACGCAGACAAGCCGCACGACUACCACUAUGCGCAGGAGCAGGGUAACGGUGUCCCAGAGAGUCCACGGUUAGACCAGUUACAUCAGCAUCCCUCCAUGUUCCCUAGUAAUUUCAAUAGAUCGACUCCCCCGGUGGGCGAAGAAACUGCCUUCUCUCCAAUGGCGUCUACGGCCUUCAGACCUGCUGAGCAUCAUCAUCCGCCUGGUUCUCCAGCCGAAUACGGUGGUACCGAAAGCGGACCUGGCACACCGAAGCCCAAAAAUCAAGAUGUCUCAGCCAAAAGUCUUUCAGGGUUGGAAUCCCUGCUCCUGCUGUCCCAGCUUUGCCUGACUACACUCCGGCGCUCUAUCCCCCCCUAUCCGGCGUAUGGCACACCGGCAUAUGGGAAUAAUGGCUACGGCGGUCCAUUCGUGGGCUACGGCGGUGGAUGGGGCACCCAACUGAUGCGGCCUGCCCCGGGCUAUCUCCCGGACUGGCAAUAUGGCUACGCCCCUGGGUAUGCGCCCUACAACACGCCCUACUACAAUGGAUAUGCAGGACCGCCUCCUGCGCAUCAUCAGCAGGCCCACUACCUAUCAGCGAGUCCACUUCUAGACUUGCACAAGAACGCGGAGUCGUCUGUGCCCUCAGUGCCGUCGGUGCCCUCUGUCGGCUUUGGUGGCUUCUGUUAG